AUGAUCAUCCCUGAACGCUGCUUCACCUGCGGCAAGAUGGUCAGCAACAAGUGGGCCUACCUGGCGCUGCUGCAGGCAGAGUGUGCCGAGGAGGACGCCCUGGACCCGCUAGGCCUGAAGCGCCACUGCUGCCGCCACGCGCUGCUGACCCACGUGGAUCUGAUCGAGAAGCUGCUCAAUUAUGCAGCCCUGGAGAAGUAG